AUGAGGAACGAAUUGAGGAACGAGCUGCGUGAGUUCCAAGAGGCGAUGAUGCAAACGUUGAGGGCUCACAUCCCGCCUCCACCACCGGCGGGGGAACCGGAGCCAAGGGGGGAGGAUUUACCUCCACCACCACCUGUAGACCCAAUGGACAGGGAGUAUCUUCGUAUCAUCCGGGAAUUGCGAGCCAUGCAUAAUCCGCGUUUCGAAGGCUCAUUGAGUCCGGAAGCUGCAGAGGAAUGGCUAACCACCAUUACUCGAGACCUGGAAUAUGUCCAGUGCCCUCAUCGCCACCGAGCUAUGAUAGCGAGCCACCACCUGGCAGGGCAGGCUCGACACUGGUGGGAGAAGAUGGUGCAGGAAAUGCCCGAGGGACACCGCUUUACCUGGGAGGAGUUCAAGGGGGAAUUCGAAUACAAAUACUACAACCACUUUACGAAAUUCUUGCAACUGCAGCAAGGGAACAUGACAGUUCGCGAAUACGAAGCGGAAUUCACUCGUUUGCUGACCUAUGCAGGACAUCUGGUACCUACGGAAAGCAAAAAGAUCCAGAAGUUCAUUGUCGGACUACGACCCUAUCUUCGCAGGAAGAUAGAACUCCACGAGUACCAUACGCUCAGUCGUUACAUCAGCCAGCUGGUGAAGGCAGAACGAGGAGAAAAGGAAGAGAAGGAGGAGCGCACCCGAGAUCGGAGCCCUAUCAGGCGAUUCUCCAACACCCGACCUCCGGGAAAGACCAGCCAGGUAGGUCAGAGCAGCCAGUCACGGGGCAAGGGGAAAGCACCUGCUGGUGGUGCGCUACCGCUGCCACCACCACCUUACCGGGGACCACUGACCUAUUUCCGAUGCCAACAGCCGAGACACUUUGCGGCCAAUUGCACCGCACCUACAGAUGCAUUGCCUAUGGCCAGACAGCCGCGACCACCACCGAGGGCUGGAGCAGCCCCGAAAGUUUAUGCUCUUGAGCCUGAGACUGAGGCACAGGAGGAGGAGACCAACCUCGAAGAUGACAAAGCUGCUGCUAUCACAAGUACCCUUCACCUUUGUGAUGUUGAGUGCUAUACAUUGUUUGACACCGGGGCUACUCACAGUUUCUUGAGCUUAGAAAAAGCAAAGAAACUAAGUAUGAAGCGAGUAGAUACGAAGAGCGACUUUACUGUUCGCACACCAUCGGGAGAGACACUCCCGGUACAUGGGACCUUACGAGAUGUAUCGCUGGACAUCUGUGGUCGUAACUUGGCCGCAGAUCUCAUAGUGGUACCGAUUGGCGGUUAUAGCAUCAUAUUGGGCAUGGAUUUAUUUCGAAGCACCGAGCUCAGAUUGAUUCUCAGAAGAGGACCAUAUGGUUUUAUGGAUGCAAGCGGUGGGUUCGAAUUCGGGGAAGAGGAGCACCAUCGACAAACCCCAUCAUUUCGGCACUCAAGGCCGAAAAGAUGA